AUGGUACAACUAGUUGAAGACGUUCUCUUGCUAAUUUUCAUCGAAUUGCAAAAUGAUCCCGCUUCCUUAUAUUCAUGUAUUUUAGUUAAUAAAACAUGGUGUCGAAUAGCUGUACCUAUAUUAUGGAAAUAUUUUUCCUAUGCUUACAAAAACCCUUACAAUCAUAAACGAGAAUCGCGUGAAAAACUUUACAAUGUUAUUGCGCAUUUCUUACCAAAUAGCUCAAAAGAUAAAUUGGCUAAAAAUGACAUCAAAUUACCCUUAAAUCUGAUUUCAAAUAUGUUAUUGUUUAAUUACAUGGAAUUUUUUACUCGUCUCACAUCUGCUUUGAUUGAAGAUAUGGCACGACUUUUAAUUAAGGAGAAUUCUAAUUAUAAAAUAAAUUUGGUAGAGAAUGAAAUUUACAACUUAAUUUUUAAUAGAUGUAAAAAUAUUAGGCAUUUCAAUUGGAAUACUCAGGCACAAUUAUACUUAUGUCCAAAUGCAGAAGAAUUUUUUUCUAAUAUACGUUCAUUAGAAUUUAAUUUUUUAUUCAUAACUCCAGUAAUGUUACUUAAACUUGCUGUGAUUUGUCAAAAUAUAACGGAUCUUAAGAUACACGAUUGUGAUGAAGACAGUUUAGAUUUGGUUCUAUUUAUUAAAAUGCAAAAUAAUUUGCGGUCUUUGAGUUUAAAUUUUAAUAACAAGGAAGAACAAUACAUACAAUUAAGCAAUAUUAUUGGUCAAAAAGCUGUUUUAUUAAAAAAAAUUUCAUUAGGACCGGUGAUUACAUUAAUUCGACCUACGUUUUUUCCAUCAUUAACAUAUUUGCAAUAUUUGUUCCUAAAUAAUAAUGAUUGUGAUUUAUAUGAGAGCGUGAACUGGCAAGAAUGGGAACACUAUAUAAAUAUGACCACUUUUCCAUAUCUUCAAUACCUUAAAACUUUAUAUUUAUUAAGUAGUAUUGAAUGUUUAAUAAUUGAAAGAUCUGGAGAAAAAAUUUUAGAAAUUGAUGUAUACCAUCCACUUAAGACCCAGGAUUAUCCAACUGAAAAUAAAAAAUUAAUUAAAAUGAUCUCUCUACGUUGUCCAAAGAUAAUAAAGUUAACUUUGGACGUUGAUCCUGAUAAUUUAGAAGAAAUCAGUAAUCUUCUUUCAAAUUGUUCAUUGUUGGAAAAAAUAUAUUUUACAACAAAAAACUAUAUAUAUCCUAAUGGAGAUAAACUACUAAAAAUUAUGAGCAAUAAAUCACCUGCUACAUUGCGAGAAUUUUCAUUUGUAGACAAAUGGAAUUUCUCAUUAAAAGGAUUAGAGUCAUUUCUUGAAGAUUGGAAAAAUAAAAAUCAAUUUCCAAUCAAAUUUACUCAUUAUUACAAGGAAUUCCCAAAAAGUUUUUGUUGGGUUUUUGUAAAAAAAAUAAAAAAGAAGAAUGGAAAUUUCAUUUUUAAGAAAUAUUUUCAGAAUUUAUGUGGAAAGAUUAAUUUAAAUGUUGAAAAUGCUUCAGGUGUUUUGACUUUAUUAACAACAGCAAAUGAAUUUGAAUUAUAUUCACUUGUUAAGAAUUUUUAA